UCCAUCCCACACAGCCUGUUCUUCACCCUGACUGAAUCGACUUUACCCCGUACCAUCUUAGCGAUCGACACUUGCGAUUUCUCGACGACCUGCGCCCGACGACGAAUCUUUCGCAUCCUCGCCGGCCUCGAUCAUUACCCAGCGAACCCAUUAUUUACCAGCGUCCGUCCUGCCGUUCUUCUUCUACUUUGCUGACGACCCUGGCACCUCCGUGCCUGCCAUCUCCCGCCCGACCCUCGUUACUCUAUCCCUUCUCCCUGCAAUCCUGGCUUCCCCGGCCGGGUGAGCUGGUCGAGGACGUCCAGCGCCAGUCGAAUGAAUGCAACCCCUAAAUCCAUUCCUCGCCGCCUUCUUCCGAAGCUCCUUGCCGUCCCAGUGUACGCCGGUACAUCACCACAUCCUCCUGGUCCCGACCACCGACGUCCUCCUCACAUGCCGCGAGAUCGAGAGCGGCUCGACCUUCAACGAGGUCGUCACCUCAGAGGAGUUUCUAGCUAGUCAUGUGCUGCGCAUACCGGCGUCCAACACCGCCGCCGCCACCGCUGGGGGCAAGGAGGGGGCGCAAAACCUGCGGGAGCUGAGGGGCAAGGCGAAGCAGUAUCAGACCAUCAAUGGUCGCACAGUCGUUAUCAAAGACACCCACGUCUACAGUAAUAAAGGCUUCAAGUCGCUCGCGCAAGCACAGCUGCUCAACGAUUCGACAUGGUACCCCGACUUGCUCGAGCCUCGCCAAUGGCUCAUCUACUACAUUUCGCGACCGCUGGUUGGGGUGUGGGAGGAAACCAAGAUUGAGCCUGCGAUCCUGAUUGAAGGCAUGGCGAGACAGCGGGCGCUCGAGCAGAGUCGAUCACCCGCCGCCGCCGGCAGCGAAGGUGCCAUGCUGCCGCGCAAGAAGGACAUCAAGAGCUUCCACGACCUCCUCAAUCAUUUCCCUAUCAUCGCGCGGCAAAUGCAACCCGGCCUGGAGAAGCUAUUCCGCGAAUUUUCCACCGUCUUCGAGCGACCGCUGCCCCCGCCCCCUUCGGCCUUCCGAAUACCCGACCCCGCGCCUGAGGGACCGAUCACCACGGCGAUGAAGAAGGCCAGAUCCAACAGCAUGUCUGCAGCCAGAAGGCCAAACGGCGUGCCUAAUGGACUGCCAGUGACGGAAAACUUCUACGCCGAGGACGAUGAGGACGUGAUGAGGGCAUCGCUCGAGACUGCCGUGACGGCGGCGAUUGACCUGUUUCAGGGCGUCGACAAGCAGCAGCUUUCGAUGCUGGGAGCCACGACGGAUUUAACUGGCCCACUCGUGGAAAGGCUCAUCGAGAGAUAUGUCUCGGAAAAUGUGCAUCACCUCUUGUUUCCUCGUCUCAGUGCGUCAAAACGCCCUUACGACCUCGAACUGGAAGCCAAAGUUCGACAGAUGGAGUUUAUCGACCUGUCUCAACUGGGAAUCGUCAUCGAAGGCGGCUCUCGGGGGAAGCACGAACUGACGAUACAGCUCAGUCUGGCCGUCGAGGAAUUCAAGAAGUUGACGAACGCCAUGAGCGCGCAAGAAAUGCUUGACUUGCUGCUGUCGACCAUAAAGCUUGUAACCCAUCUGACCAACUCUUCCCAGGCGCAAACGGCCUCUUCGUUCGAAAAGCCAACACUCACCGUCAACGCUGAUACUCUCGUUUCUCUACUGUUGUUCGUGGUCAUUCGAGCUCAAGUGAGACACCUACACGCCCGACUCAUUUACAUCCGGCACUUUAUCUUCAUUGACGACGUUGACAACGGCGAAAUGGGUUACGCUUUGAGCACGUUCGAAGCUGUACUGGCAUACCUUGUUCUGGACUCGGCCGGACUGCGGAAGGCUAGUCGUCGAAACAAAGCAUUGUGGGACGCUGCUUGCAAUGGAAGCCUGGAUGACCUGAAGAGGAUUAUGGAGCCUGACUCCAAUGCUAUCAUUGAUGACGACUUGUACGACUCACCGGAAUCAAGUAGACGACCGUCUCGUAGCUGGAGCUACACCAAUGGCUCUGCAUCCAGAAGAUCGUCUACUGCUCUAACGUUCUCGGACCGUUUCUCGUCAGGCUCUGGCCUCAGUCAUGUCUUUCCGUUCCAGGCCGAGGCCAACGGUGGCGAGCUCGAGUUUCCUUUGCCGCCUGUCCCUACGAAGGUCAAGAGGGUUGCAAUGGAUACAAGGAGUAUGUCGAGUGGGUCCGAGAUAUCUUACCAUUCGAGAGCGACGAGCAACGGGACCGUAGGCAGCGCGCUGGAAGGAGACAUCAGCAUCGAUCGAUUAUCGCAGACGCACAACUCGUUCGGCGAGUCCAUUUUGAUGAUGGCCGUCCAAAACGAGAGGCCCCAGCUGCUGCGGUACCUGUUGUCUCUGAACGAGUAUUACUCGCCUUCGGUGGUACUAGACGACAUUAACAACGAGGACACCACCCUGUUUAGUGCUGCGGUCCAGCUGGGUCACACAGAGCUGAUAAACAUCAUCCUCGAGUUUGUCAUGGCCUCGGCGUCAAGAGAGCGGCUCGUCGAGUAUUUGGCCCAGCAGGACAUCUGGGGGCGCAGCUGCGCGCAUUAUCUGUUCCAUGCGCCGUUUCUGAUAUCCCGGAUCGGCAAAUUAGUCCCCUGGCGGCAAAGGGACAAGAACGGACAGACACCACUGUUUGCGCUGUGCCGGUCGUAUGACCAUGUUCACUACCGUGAAAUGGUGGAUGCUGGCCUCGAUGCGGCCGCGGAAGCGCAGGGUGACGGGCUUUCACUGCACGUCGAUGAUCAUGUGGACGCCAAGGGGAACACGCUGCUUCACAUUGUCAACGAUCCCCAGCUCGCCCUCCGAAUCCUCCAGCAGUGCGAUGUCAACGUCAACGCUACUAACGAAAAGAAGUUCACGCCGCUGAUGGUGGCCAGCAAAUACGGCAGGCUGGACAUGGUCCGGACAUUGUUCAUGGAUGCAAGCGUCGACGUCGCAGCACGAGAGCUGCGAAGCCUGACGGCCGUCGAGCUAGCCAAGGACGAUGACAUACGAAAUAAGAUUGACGACCUUGCACUCUUCAGCAUGCCCCCUGCCGCGGAUGGCCGCAUCACCGGCGUCGUCAGGGCUUUUUUUGUGGAGGACGCGACCAUCCGCCUGGUUUUGAAAUCGGCCGCCCCGGCCGACCACAUGAGCUACACCGUUACCACAAGCCGUCGGAAUCUGUCCGAUUUCGAGCAUCUCGGCAACCUGCUUGCGCUUGAGAACCCGGCGUCAUGGAUCCCGGCAGUCGCCGGCGUGCGGUCACCGUUUCAGAUACCCUCAAAGCCGUCGAGAGCGGUGCUGAGGGAUAUACAGACGCGGGCCGACUGGUUCCUCAAGAUUAUGCUCAACCACCCGACGUUUGCGACGCACGAAAUGCUUUGGGAAUUCUUUCUGGUGCCUGACAUCCAGCUAGGCAUGAUGGAGCAGAGGAGUAAUCUAAAGGCCGAGACACGAGCUGAGAAGGUCCGGGAAGAAUACGAGCCCGUGAAGGAUGUGCGCGAGGUCGAGCAGUUCGUGGAUCACGCCAGGGAAAUGGUGCGCAGCGUCAACUACUCGACCAAGAGCGUGGCCAGAAGAGUCAACUCGAUCGCCAUUGUUGCAUCCGAUCUCCACGAUGCAUCGGCUCUUCUGCACCGUGCCGUCUCGACGCUACCGUUCCUACCGCCAGCUUACAUCACAGCACUCGAGUCGUACGUCCGUUCGAUUGCACCGAUGCAGUCAAACCCUUACGUCAUCUUCCACUCGACGUUUUUGGCAUCGCAAUCGACGAUCCAGGCCCUUUUGUCCGCUCUCUCACGGCCGCCAGCCCAGAUUGCGCAGAUAUCAGUCGCGCGGAAGUCGGUGGAAAGAAACUACAACUCGCUCACACGGUCGACUCGAUGGCCACUAGGGCUGCUCGACGACACACGACAGCGAUUCAACGAAGAGAGGGAGGAGAAGGCCCGGCAGUCGCAAGAGCAGGUGGACGACCUCGGUCGAGAGCUUCGAUACUCGCAGCAGGUGGUGGCCGGGGAGUUGGCCGGGUGGCAAGACCUGCACGAAAAGAUGGGGCGACGAGCGAUCAAGGAAUUCGCCAAGGGCAUGAUGAUCCAGGAGCGGCUCCGGCUGGCCGGGAUGAUGCGGGCCCUGCGCAGACUGCGGGAAGGCAAGGCGGAGCUCGAGAGGGCAUCCGCUUCUUUGUCAGGCGUUUCAGGGCGGUCGAGUGUGAGUCAAUCGACGCACGAGGGGACAACGGGGGCGUGGAUGGGGGGGACAGAUGCAGGCGAGGGGGCCAGCAGCGGCGCGAGGUCGGGAGCAGGUGAUGGAUGAGGUGGCGAAUGGUGCAGGACUCUAGCUUCUGCACUGACUUUGAGUCGGCAGUCCAUCGUUUGCCUGGGAUGGAUGGGAUAUGUCGGAUGGGGUUAGGAGACUUUUUCAACACCAUGGACGAGACGCGUGGUAUGGAAGAUGCGACGCGUCUGGGCCAGGAGCGGUCGUGAGUGGGCGGUGGCAGUAUUGGCGGGACGGAUGAUCAGUCCGUCGUCGCACCUCUUCGACAUCGCACCGGAUGAAUGCAGGCAGAACAAUGUGUGUGUGGGACGGACGGGAUGGGAUGGGGGAUGGGAUGGGUGCCACAUCACCUGCAUGAAGCACCAGGCACACACAGACACACAACACACAACCCUUUGAAGGUCAUUUCCUGAUCUCUACUCUCUCAAUAACCUUUCUUGCUUGUCUUUUCUUUUUUCUUCUUUUUUUUGUUCUGUGUAGCAAGUAGAGCCAGACAGACCUCUUGUUCAUUUUCGGGUUGUUUUUGUUUGACGGAUACCCUUUCGGCGUCCUUGGCGUGUUGGGGGAAAAUGUACUAGACACGCACAAGCCUUGCCCUCGGUAGGAGCCGAGUAGUUCGAGGACGAUUAUUAUUAUAUCACCCUUUUAGAUAAACGGAUACAUGAGGAUAAACUAGACAAUGUCUGAUCCAUUUCCCUCGAAUUCAAUGACGGUUU